AAUUUCCAGAGAAAUGUUUUAAUGAGGAAGUAAACUGAGCGUAGCGUCUUGCUAUCUCCUUCCACCUCGAGUACGUCGACGGGUUAAGAGAAUAAAGAAUGUUUUAGAUAUUAAAGGCCAUAAAGGCAGUAAUCAGAGAGGGUAGAUAAGGAAUGAAACAGGAAGGAGAGUGACUGGUGAGUGUCCUGACGUGACACUUGGCCCGCUGACACCUCCAGCGUCCGGCUUGGCUCCCCUCAACUUACCAUUACAAGUGAAUAUGAAAUAAUUUGGCUAGAGUGAAUACUAUAUAAUGUGACCACCAGUGUUGCUGAAACAAUGCCGCUGAUCACCAAAUUCAAAGAUAUAUUUAAAGGUGGAUCCUCAGCCAAAAAGAAAAAGCAUUUUCAUAAUGUUCGGCUGGAUAGUCCAGAAGAAUUUUGGGAUAUUGUUGGAGAACUGGGAGAUGGUGCCUAUGGCAAGGUUUAUAAGGCUGUACACAAAGAGACAAAGCAACUUGCUGCUCUCAAGCAAGUUGCACUGGAAGAGGAGGAGGAUCUUGAAACUUUCAUGAUAGAGAUCGAUAUUCUUUCAGAAUGCAAGCAUAAAAACAUUGUAGAACUGUUAGAGGCUUACCACUACAAUGGAAAACUUUGGAUGUACCUGGAAUACUGUGAUGGUGGCGCCAUGGAUUCUAUCAUGGCAGAUCUUUACCGACCUCUUACAGAACCCCAAAUUGCCUAUGUUUGUAAAUACCUUGUUGAAGCACUUGUAUAUAUACAUGAACAGAAGGUAAUUCAUCGGGACUUGAAAGCGGGUAAUGUUCUCCUAACAAUGGAAGGAGGAGUAAAGCUAGCUGAUUUUGGAGUGUCUGCCAAAAACAAAAACACCUAUGACAAAAGAGGUACUUUCAUAGGAACUCCAUACUGGUUAGCACCUGAAGUAAUCUUGUGUGAGACAUUCAUUGAUGCCAAAUAUGAUUAUAAAGCUGAUGUGUGGUCACUGGGUAUUUCGUUGAUAGAAUUUGCACAGAUGGACCCGCCAAAUCAUGAAGUUUCUCCCGUCCGUGUUAUGCUCAAGAUACAGAAAUCUGAUCCUCCUAAACUCGACUACCCUUCCAAAUAUUCCAAGGAAUUCAACGACUUCAUUAGCAAGUGCCUUGUGAAGGACCCAGCUCUUAGACCAAGUGCUGUGGAACUUCUGCAGCAUCCAUUCAUUUGCAAAGAUCUAGAUGUGAAGCCCAUCCGCGACCUUCUUCUGGAGUACAAGGCUGAAGUUGUGGAUGAGGAUAUGGACGAUGAUGUAGAUGAUCAUCAGCGUAUUUCCCGGAUUAGUGAAGAUGAUCCUAGUCAAGAAGAAUCCUUCUCUGUAACCCCUACCACCACCAGUAAGCUUCAGGAUUCCACUACCACAAUAGUUGAAGAAAAAUCCCCCAGCCCUGCAAAAGAUGAGAACGAGGUGGUGGCGCCAGUCUCAGGUGAGCGGAGAAAGGGACCUGCUCCUCCUCCCCCUGUUAGUGGUAGUCCAGCUAGUACUCCCACUUCUAGUUCUUCCACACCCUCUAAGAAGGGCCCUGCACCCGCAGUCCCGGCUAGCACCACCUCCUCUAAACCUAGAGCCCCAUCACCUGUGGACAUAACGUCUGAUGACCUAGUAGGUGAGUCAGGUGUUGGCCUCUCUCCCAGCAGUACUGCAAGUGAACAAGUUACCAGCACACCCUCAGGGAAGGGCCCGGCACCCAAACCUUUACCCAUUGGUGAAAGUCCGGUACCCAAGGAGAAACAUUCACCGACAAUGCCAAAAGCAGACAUUCCAUGCGUAGAAAAUCUUCCUUCCGUCCCAAAUGAAAAGGAGAAUGACAAACAGUUAAGUGUAACUUCUGUUCAUGAGCCAGCUAAAAAGACUGUGUUAGAGGAAAAAAUGGAAAGUGGUGAGAAAUCCUUGAGAGAAUCUGACACCCAAGAGCCAAAGAAUAUAUCAAGAGCAGAUGUUGUUGAUAAUGCAAACCAAGUAAAUAAUAGGGUGUCAGAAGAGGGAAAAGACCAAAUAUCCUCAAGUGCACAAAAUAUUCCAGAUGUUAAAUCAGUCCAUUCAAAUGAAAUUAAACCCCAGACAGUAGAGACAAAAAUUGGUCUCACAGUAGUUGUAGAUCCAAUCAAAGAAGAGCAAACCGAAAAUGCAAUAUCUUCAGUAGUUGGUAAUAUAGAACUCAAAACAGUUGUUUCACCAUCUCCUGCUUUGUCCCCAGUCCCAGCCUUAGCAUUUUCUGUGCCAGAUUCAUCAGCAGUAGUUUCUUCCGAGCCACAAUUCACUCCUCUUUCUGACCAAGCUGCGAAUGAGUCAAAAACGUCAUCAAUGCCAGCGAGACCAGCUUCUGCAGCUCUAUCCCCCACUUCACCGGAGGCAGUAAUUGCAUCUAUAGGAAGUGAUGCUACUGUAAUUGUUCGGACCCCUACCCCGACCCCCCCUGAACCUUUACAGGGCCAGCCACCUGUGAAAAAAGAGAGUGUAGUCACAUAUUCUGGUCCUGCUAUUGUUGAUGAAAGCUCUAAGGGUGAAGUGGAGUCUCUCUCAUCUCCUGAUGUGCAAGAUUCCAUUUCUCAAUUGCCAACUUCCUCAUCCCCAUCCUUAUCCGAGGCUGAGGAACAGGCAGUACGAAUUUUAGAAUCGGCAAUUGCAAGUGCUGGAGACACAGCAUCCAGCAAGAGUUCCCAGGAGGAUGGGGACAUAUCCAAUGUUACUCUUACAGGCUCCUCAGUGAUAUUAACUCCAGACAAGGAGGAUGUGAACAAUACAGUUAUGCCAGACCAAGUGGUGGUUGCAGAUUCAGUUACAAAAGACAAGACUGAGUGUGUAACAGAAGUCCAAGUUAUAUCAAAUGAUGGACAUAAACUCGAUGAAAGUGAAGUUGUGAUAAGCAGUUCGUCUAUACCUCAUGACGAGAUGGGCUCUCCUCCUGAACUAGAACCUUCCUCAAAGUCACGUUAUGAAAUGACACUUGAGGAAACUGGAAAACCGGAAGAAAUCUCGCCUAUUGUUAAUUCUACAAAUGAUACAACGCACAUUUCUGUAGUAGCUGUAGAUGACUUGUCAGAAGCAUCUGAUUUAGCUAAGGAUACUCCACCUUCCCAGAAGGAUUCCCUUGUCUCAGUGAAAGCACCAGAAUCGGCACCUGUCGAUCAAAAGACAAUAACGAACAGAUCGCCAGUUCAAAGUGAGCCAGAUCACCAGGGACAUUUGGAAACAUCCUCCAAUAUAUCUAACAUUUCCAAUCUAAGUGGAGGAACUGCUUCAACAGGGCGGUCUUUGAGUUCAGCAGAAGAAGAGCCCCGACCAACUGUAUCACUAUUAAUAGAAGGUACAACUGUUGGAGCAACAGAUGUGGAUGAUGAUGUGUUUGACCAAUCUGAUCACCAUGACUCAAAGACUGUAAAGGACAGCUCGCCCAAGAAGCCUGCACUUGUUAGAGAAUUGACUGCGGGAAGUGAAGUUUCUCUGGAGUCUGGAGUCUCCACAGGGUCUACAGUUUCAACUCCAACACACCAGAAUGAUUACUCACAGCAAAGUACCCCCGUAUCUAAUUCUCCUGGAAUAAAGAUCUUGCCAAAUGGAAUUGGCAGGGAAGCUCACAGAAUAUCAGAGAGUAGAUCCGAGUGGGACAAUGUGAGCACAACCAGUUCAGAAAGAGAGCACAGACAUCGCGAGAGGGAUGAUGAGAGUCUGGACGGUGUUGUACUACGAAGAUCACACCAAGCAGACCUGUCUGAUGUCACCCUCCAACCGCUGGAAAAACACAGAGAUAGCAGGAAUGCAAGAAUGACCAAACAAGAGAGUGAUUUAGUAGCCUUGCGUAAGAAAACAAGAAAACGUACCCGAAAGUUUGUCGUUGAUGGUGUAGUUGUUACUACAAGACAGGUAUUUUAUGAAGAUGAGGGAAUGGGCACUGGCCAUUUUGUAAGGAAGCAAGAGUUGCGCGAGCUGAAGAUAUUACAAAAAAUUGAGCAGAAACAGUUUCAGGAACUGGGCAUGAAAGCAAAUUUAGCUAGAGUAGAACAGGAAAAGAAAUUUGACCUGGAGAGACAACAGCUCUUACGAGGAUAUGAUACUGAAAUAGAGGCUCUCAACAGACAACAGAAACAGCAGGUAGAAAAAGCAGAAGCUCUGCAAGAAGUUGAAUUGAAGAAUGCCAGCAAAAAAAUUAGGUCAGAGCAAGAACGUGAAUUGAAGGCUUUCCGAGAGUCCCUCAAAACUGAACUCAAACUCUUGAAACAAGAGAUUGAUCUUCUGCCUAAAGAUAAAAGAAAGGAGGCCUUUAAAUCUCGCAAGGAGCGAUUGGACGAAGAUCAGAGUGAGAGAGAGAAAACAUUUCUGGAGAAAUUACAUGAAGCUCAUGAGGUGUCUCUCAAGCGCUUGGGUGAUGAUCAUCGAGAAAGAAUUGCUUUAUUAGAGAGGCAGUUUCUUCAGCAAAAACACCAGCUUUUACGAUCUAGAGAAUCUGCACUGUGGGAGAUGGAAGAACGCCACUUACAUGAAAAGCAUCAACUCUCUAAGAGGCAACUUAAAGACAUAUUCUUCCUCCAGAGACAUCAGAUGCUAUUGCGGCAUGAGAAGGAACUGGAGCAAGUGAAACGGGUAAAUCAGAUGAGAGAGGAAGAACUAAUUAAAAGACAGCAGGUUGAAAAGAGACAGUUGCCAAAACGAAUCCGUCAGGAAAUGAAAGCACGUGAACUUAUGUUCCGUGAGAGCAUGAGAAUAAGCACACAACACCUUCCAGAUUCCCAUGAAGAUGAGAAAAACAAACUGAAAAAGUUCCAGGAGAAUGAAAAACGUAGAUACGAGGCAGAAAAGAAACGCGCAGAACAAAAACAUCAGCGAAAGUUAGAGGAGCUUCAGGCCUCCUCAGAAUAUACAGUUAAGGAGUUGGAACAACUGCAGAAUGAGAAGCGUAAAAUGUUGAUGGAACAUGAAACCAACAAGCUAAAAUCCCAAGAUGAAGAGUACCAGAGAGAAGUAAGAGAGUGGAAAGAAAAUCUUAAGCCUCGAAAACAGGGACUGGAGAAGGACUUUCAUGCUGAUUGGAUCUUUGCACAGAGAACACAUCUUGACUACCAGAAAUUGGAAGAGGAGUUUGAAAAACAGUUAAGUGAACAGGAGCAGUUUUAUGGAGCUUACCUGAGUCGGAGCCUGGGUUCCAGCGUGACUCCCUCACAAUCAACUUCCAGUCUUGCUCGCUCUAAUACAUCCUAGAAGUACAAGCAACUGCCUUCAGCAAGUAUCUUUCCUUUCAGAUAAAUAUCAAAAAUAAAUUUAUAUAUAUAUAUAUAUAUAUAUAUAUAUAUAUAUAUAUAUAUAUAUAUAUAUAAUAUAAUAUAAUAUAAUAUAAUAUAAUGUCACAGGGAACUUAAAAUAUUAGGUGGAGUUGGAUAUCCAUGUUUACCAAUUUCUGGGAUUUUUGUACAAGUGCUCAAGAGCCACGAAGUAAAUGAGCACGUAUUUUGGUCUUGACAUAAAAAUGUAUCAAUUGUAACACCUCUUGUUAUGAAAACUUGCCUUGUGUAAUUUAUUGAAAGAAGCACUAAAAGGAACAUUAAAUGUCUGGUUGGCAUUUAUGAGUGACAUCCAUUAAUGACAUUUUAAUGUAUAUUACAUAAUACUGCCAGAAUAUAACAUUCAAACCACAUUGACUGUGCCUACUCCAAUGACUUUUUUUUUUCUCUUUAUAUAUAUAUACAAGUUUACAGUACAUGAAUCACCCUAAACGUUUUUGGCUGAGCAUUGUUCAGGACAGUACUGUUCUUGGUAAAUACUGGAAAGUGUGAGAGAUAAAAAUGAAUUAUAAUUCCCAUCUAUUGCAGUUUGCAAAAUCCAGAGAACUAAAAUCAAUGGCAAGAGUAUCUGCUGAUUAACAACAAUUUUGUUUUUCAUUCGAUUAUCCUCGACAGUCUCAGGUUGACUCUGCAAAGUUGUCAUGGUAUUUAAAACUUCAGAGUAAUAUAAUAAAUCAAAAUCAUUAGAGUUUACUAUACUUAUCAUACAUUAAUUUCUAUAACCGCUGUUUUUGUUAUCACCAUAUCAAAAUCACUUGCUGUCCAAAAGUUUUUUAAGUUUUACUCUGCUGACAAUCACUGUUGUGUGAAUAUGAAAAGGUUAUUGGUACAACACUUUGUAGCUUAUACACAGACUGAUGCAAUAUUUCAAGCUAUUUAUGUGCAAUAUGAAGACAUGACACAAAUCUGAUCAUUUAUUUUUUUCUUUUGCUACAUGAAUAAUAUAUUGGUGUGUGCGUGAAGCCUACAGUAUGUAAGCUUUACUGUGUUGAAAGGGGGAAGAUUGUACGAAAUUGGAGUACAUACAUUCUACUUAUGAACAUUAGACCAUGUUCUUAAAUAGUGUCACUGAUUUAUUCUAAAUAUUGAAUCCAUAUAAAAGCCAAACUGGUAUUGAAAGUUGAUUUUAGGGAUUUAGUAUGACAAGCAUACACAUUAUUACUGUUAUGAUCUCAGUCAGCUAGGUCAGUAGUGGAAGAUAUCUAGGUGAAUAUCAGAACAUGUAGUUAAUCCCAUAUAAUACUUAAGUGACUAAUAACCACAUGUUAAUAUAUUGUCUAGUGGAAUUAAGGCUUCGUUUGGUAAUAUUUGCCUUCCACAAAAUCUCUCUAUAGACUGCGAGAGAGGUGUUUUUCAUAGCUGCAUGAAUCAGAGAUGACGUGGACAUAAAAGAAAGGCUUUAUUUGAUGCCUAUUAUCAUGAGGGGUAUUUUAUAGUUUUAAUGUUUUGUGGAACAUUUGAAGGUUUUCACAAUGAUAUGUAUAUUUAAAAUUUGCUUCCAUAUUGGAAUGAUUCAAUUAACAAGAAGUUUUAUAGAUGUUAUUUAUAAAGCAACAAAUUUUAUUCUUAGUGUGUGCUCGAUGUAUUGAGCUGAUGUGCACGAAACACGUCUCGUCAAGCAAUGUGACGGUUGUCAGUUUGCUCCAUCCCACAAAACCAGCUUCAUGGUCCAGGUCCACUUUGUGUUACUUUUUUCCUUUCAUUCAAAAAGGGGUUCACUUUUACGACUGAAUGUGUUAUAAUUCAUUCGAAAAUGUUCAGUACUGUACAUGCAAGAGGAAUUAAAUGGUUUUUGUGGUAUAUGUGUUUCUAAUUUACAAUGUGAAAAAUAUUUUUUUUUGCAAAGAGCAGGUAACAUGAAUAAAAGCAUUUGCUGUAAUUAUUCCUAUUUCAGUAUUUCAAUUGAUCUGGGAGUUGCACAUUUCUCAUUGUACAGUAUUGUGAAUGUUAGGUAUCCUGAUGCUCACAUCCACUAACUGGAUACUACACUUCAACAGAAUAUAAAAUGCUCAUAGUAAUAGCUCUUAGCUUUAUAGUAACAUACCACUCAUUAUAUUGGUGAAUUGUAUUUUACCAAGGCAUUUUCACCUUGUAUUUGAAGUUGUAGUCUUAUUUGCCAAGUAGAUUUCUUUUUCUCACGCCUGUGUAACUUGCUAAAGCUGCACAUCACUUGUAAUCAUUUUUAAGGUUUGAGUGAUAAUUCCUCAGUAGCAAUGCUUGCAUGUUGCAAGUUAUCCUGUAUAUCACAACACUUGUUAUCAAGGAGCUUUCACAUAAAAUAGCCAACAAAUAUGAUACAAUUUUGUAAUCGUAAACUUUCAAAUCAGUUAAGUAAAAUUCAUUUGGCAAUAACUAUUUCAAUCUCUAAAACAAAGAAUUAAAAAAAAAAUAUUCCAAUAACCAAUAUUAAUUUUGUUUCAUUGCAAAAGUCGAAUGAGUGUAUGCUAUAUUAACUGGAUUGUGUGUGGUAUUUGCUGGACAAGGAGUUUUAAGUAUACAGUACAGUAUAUAAAUGAUUUAUCAGAUGCUCUUAAACAGUAAAAGGUUUGGUUAUGUUUCCUGUGGUGAAGCUAAGAUCUAUAAUUUAUUGAUGUUCAUACGUCAUGCUUACUGAACUAUUAAGAUUAUGCAAUUGGCUGGUGUAUGAACACUAUGCUUUCAACAUGUGUGGAGAUCAUUUUAGUGAAAAACACUUAAUUGGUUACAUUUUGGUGGGAAGCAAGAGAUCCCUACAAAUGCUAAUCUUGUGUGUGGAAAUUAUGAAGUGAAAUUUAUAUUUUCACAGUAUUGAGUCAAAACAUGGGGUUCAUUCUCACUGUUUUGAACUAGCCAUUACCUCUGCCUUCUGUAGAACCCAGUUACACAUCUUUUUUGUACUUAGAAUGUAAUGAGUGACUUGAACAAAGUACUUUUAUCAGUCAUUUGAUGUUUAGUCUCUUAAACCUUUCAAAUCUAUUCAUGUGCAUAUGAAUGUACAGUAAACUUUUUAAAUGUUUUCCAAGUCAAAGGGAAAUAUUUUUUUGUAAAGUCUUUGUAUUGGUAAACUAUUCCAUCCUGCUCGGGUCAAAACUUGUACUGUGUGGAUGUUUACAUUUAUGACCCUUAAAUGGUAUGUAGAUUAUUACCCGUGUCAAUUUUAAUUCCUUUGUCAGAUCUUAAUGCUUAUUUGAGAUAACCUUGUUAGGUUCUAUAUAGUUAAUAUAAUGUAUGACUUAUGUUCAUUCUCAUGGUCGUCCAUUUUAGGACAAGGAGACUGUAAAAAAACCCAGUAUAAGUUUACAUAUAUAAUUGUUAAACAAAUAUAAAGUGUAAAGAAAUAAAUUGCUUUAUUAAAA